AUGCCUUUAAUCUCACGGACGGCAUGUACGGAGUGUGCAAACGUUGUUUGUUCGUUCCUCCUGAUGUGUCCUGACGUCGACGCACUUCCCAGCGGUAAUUCGCUGUCCCUGGCCAUUCUCAUCACCGGUGGCUGCGUUGGCUUGAUGCCUGAAACUGCUGCCCAGUCGUGGACCCUUGGUGUGCUCACUACCAUUUAUUUAGCAACGCUCGGCCUUGUCGCGUAUAUGCUCGUUGCGGAGAUUCCCUCCACGCGACUCCGCGUGAAGACCGUCAUCAUCGGCCGCGUGGUCUACAACAUCACUAGCAUCAUCAGUAACACCUUGCGUCGCGCAUGCUAA